AUGUCAGAAAAACUUUUUUCCUUAUUACUUCGAGCUGUUAGAUUUGAUGAUAUUGAAACAAGGAACGUUAGAAGAGCAAUAGACAAGCUAGCACCUAUUCGUACAGUUUUCGAUAAUUUUGUUCGGCGAUGUAAAGAAAAUUAUACUGUAGGAGAGAAUUGUACUAUAGAUGAGAUGCUAGAAGGGUUUCGAGGGCGUUGCAGUUUUCGACAAUAUAUACCAAAUAAUCCAAAUAAAUACGGUAUCAAAAUUCAAGCACUCGUUGAUUCUCGUACAUUUUAUACGUCUAAUAUGGGGGUUUACGUAGGAACUCAGCCGGAUGGCCCUUUCAAAUGUGACAAUUCUCCGUCAAGUAUUGUAAAACGACUAAUAUCGCCGAUAUCAACAACUGGCCGCAAUAUUACUAUGGAUAAUUGGUACAAUUCAAUUCCAUUGCCUAAUGAGUUACUAAAAAAUCAUAAUCCUACCGUAGUGGGCACUUUGAGGAAAAACAUAAGGGAAAUUCAUCCGGUUUUUAUAGAAACUAAAAAAAGAGAGGUAAAUUCCACUUUAUUUGGAUAUGGAAAAGACCUUUUACUUACAUCUUAUACUCCAAACAAAAAUAAAAAUGUCAUUAUGAUAUCAAGUAUGCAUGAUCAAGGUAUCAUUGACCCGGAAUCCGGUGACCAAAAAAAACCAGAAGUCAUAACGUACUAUAAUGGUACUAAAGGUGGAGUGGAUGUAGUAGACGAAAUGAAAGGAGAGUACUCGGUCGCAAGAAUUAGUUGUCGAUGGCCCCUAACUAUUUUUUUUUCAUGUAAUGAUACAGUGUACAAUACAAUCAUAGGUGAAUCUACAGAGUGUGCUGAGUGUGUCAGUGCACACACUGCGACUCGUAUAAACGUGUGUAGGGUCCAUAAUACUCAUUUCAGUUGCAAAAAGGUAAUGCGAGUAAAAAUAAUUGAGUAA